AUGCUUGGAGCAUGUGUCUCGGAUUUUGGAGGUAGUUGGGAGUCAUUUCUACCAUUAGUAGAGUUUGCAUACAAUAAUAGCUUUCAGGCUACUAUUGACAUGACUCCUUAUGAAGCUCUCUAUAGUAGAAGAUUUAGAUCACCGGCUCAUUGGGAUGAAGUCGGAGAAAAUAGAAUUUUUGGUCCAGAAAUUAUUGCAAAAAUAAUGCAAGCAGUUGAUAAAAUUAGAGACAGAAUAAAGUUAGCUCAAGAUAGACAAAAAAGCUAUGCAGACCAAAAAAGAAAGUCGGUUGAGUUUGAAGUCGGAGAGAAAGUAUUUCGAAAAGUAGCGCCAAUAAAAGGGGUUCUAAGAUUUGGAAAGAAGGGGAAGUUGAGAUCGCGAUUCAUAAGUCUUUUUGGAAUUCUAGAAAGAAUUGGAAAUAUGGCGUACCGUUUAGCAUUGCCACCUAGAUAUCGGCAGAGGUUAUUGGAGGCAAUUGAUGAGUACAAAGGCGAAGAUCCCCUCCAACCAUGGCUAGAGUGCAUCAAAUGGGUUCAGGAGGCUUUCCCUCCUGGAGGUGACUGCUCAGGACUAGUUGUGAUUUAUGAACAAUGCGUCCGCACUUUUUGGCAUGAAGAACGAUACAAGGAGGAUCUACGUUACCUAAAAGUUUGGUUGGAAUAUGCUGAAAAUUGUGUUGAUGCUGAAGUCAUAUAUAGUUUUCUCGAGGCAAAUAAUAUUGGUUUGACACAUUCGUCUUUGUACAUAUCAUAUGCUUUGCACAUGGAAUGCAAGCAUAAAAUUAGAACUGCGAAUGAAAUCUUCAAUCGCGGGCUAUCCAUGAAUGCUCAACCAGUUGAGAAACUGAAGGCUGCCUUCCAGAAAUUUCUCACUCGUUCGAUGAGACAACCAAAAGCCUCAGAUGAGGACAUAAUGGAGAGCCAUUUACCAUCUCGAAGCUUUGGAACUGUAUUGGCUAGGGGAGAAACAAGAAACCAAGCUUCCCAAAGUUUUGAUCUUUCUAGGAAAAAAAUGAAGAUUGACAGGACUCCUGGAACUUCGUUAUCCAUUUAUAAAGAUAGCAGCCGGGAUCCAACAUUGGGUCCUCAAUCAGAAAUGUCAAAAUCAGAAGUAAAAUCUUGGCACUCACUCGGUGCUCGAGCAGAAAGAAACAAAGAGAAUAAUGCAAUUCCUUCCAAAUGGACAUCAAAUAAAAUUCCUCAAAGACCUAAUACAAGAACCGGAAGACCAGCUGCAGGCCCGCGCAUUGAGAUCUUUGUGGAUGAGGAAUGUUCAGGAGCACGUAAGCCAGACAAUGAAGGGGACAACAAGUCUUCAGCUCUGCAGCUUAGAUCUGGAGACGGUAGAGAUCUCAAGAAGGAGACUGAGCUAUUAAGGGAGCAUCCAUUGCGUAAUUUCCCUUCGAGUUCUCUGCCCAGAUAAAUCAAGUACAAGUCUAUUACUGUUGUGGUGUGUGGGAUCAAUGAAUGGAUUAAGAUAUUUCCGAAACUUGAUUGUUAUUGUUAAUGAAUUCGAGGGAUACAAUAUUUUCCAUUUGGGUUUCAUAUUUGUUUCAAGAGUGAGAAGGAUUCUUCAACAACUGCAUUUCCCCA